AUGGAUCUGAGCGAUGCAUUGGGUGGAAAAUCGAUCAAGGUGCCGUUCUACAAGGAGGCCUAUAUUCAAGGACUACUCACUCCGGAGAGUCCUGCAACUCAGAGCAACACUGUGCGCCUGCGAGGGUACAGGAGGGGUAAUCAGCCGGACCCACGCCCAGAGACGAGCUUCAAGAAACGAGUCCACUGGCGCCUCUACAUGGAGUACUUGUAUGCUGGCGAUCUACACCAACUCAUCUACUACCACACCAUUAGGAGAAAGCCCUCNCCUGAGCCCUUCAUCUGGUGGACGAUGAAAUGCCUCGCCUCUGCUCUUAAACAGAUGGAAGAUCUGUCUAGAGCACGAUCCAAUGCACACCCAGAGCAGGACGAAACUAUCGUGAUGCUGGACAUGAAGCCUUGCAACAUAUUCCUCGAUGGCGCGGGAGGACCGGAAUUCGAAGUAUAUCCGAGGCCUGUGAUAGGCGAUUUUGGAUCAGCCCAUCUGACCUACGCAGACCAAGUGGCGAACAGAGCGAAGCGGUUGAUGAUUCUCUGUACGCCUGGGUUCACGGCCCCUGAGUUUCACGUGAAAGAUCCCCGUCCCCGUGUUAAGAAGCCAGACGACAAUGACGACGAGGAAGAAGCCGACAAUGAGAACAAGGAUGUCGAAAUGGACGACGCGGAACUUCUUGAAUACAACGAAAUGGACGACGAAGACGUAGAAAACGAAGAAGCCGUAAACGCGUCCCUGGACUCGUGGUCCAACGUUUGGCAGCUCGGCAAGACCAUCGAAGCCAUGAUGCGACUAGAGACUCGCCCAAAUGACCGUGACUACGAAGACCCCGAUGCCAGGCAGUCAAAGAUCAAAACCCAUCCUCCACGUUUCAAAGCCGCACCAGAGUUUUGUUACAGCGCGGAGCUCCUUGAGCUAAUAUGGGGCUGUCAGGUGUUUGAACCCGAAUGCAGACCGGCUCCUGAGGAUAUACUGUACGCCAUCGAUAUGGAUGCUCCCCCUCACAUUCAUGGAAUGGACGUCUGGGGUAGCGAGGACUGGGUCGCAGAACAAUGUAAGAACUUGGGCACCUUGACCGACCACCAAAAGAGGGGGAUGAAAGCGAACAUCUUCAAGCGAGCACAAGCCAGCAAACUGUGGUUCCUUCACGACUUCAAGGACUGUUAUCUAGCCGAACAAUAUCAAGACUUGGACUUGGAUUUACCUCCGCAAUGCGAACUCACAUGGAUGCCUCAGAAGUUUAGAAACAGGAUAUGCCAGAAACUUGGAGCUGAAGAACCAGAGCUGGCCGAAGAACCAAACAACAAGCGGCCUAGAACAGAUGAAGCUAUCACAGUGACUCAAACCAGAAAGAAGCGGCGGAUAGCAUAA